AUGGAGACAAGGAGCUUAGCCGACAGUCUCGACGGCCUUCGAGCCACUGCCGAUGCCACGUUUCGACUAGCAUUCAUGUUCGGUAAGGUCGAAAUCAAGCUGCAGACUGAGAUUCGAAGAGUCGCCAGCGAGAUUCAGGGCAUUGCUGGCGCACUGCACCAACUCUCGCUCCUAGCAUCGAUCCUCGAAGACGAAUCGGGCUGCCACCGCACGUCUGAAGCAGUCCCAUCACAGCUUACAUCAUGCCAUCGGACGCUCGAAAACCUCGAAAGACGACUAUUGAUACGGAAGAACGAUGCCCGCCCCAAGAGCGCAGGCCUAAAAUGGCCUUUCACGACGGCCUGGACAACAGACCUGCUCAGAGAGCUGAGUGAACACAGAGAUGUCAUCACCCGGGGGCUGUCUGCAGAGUCGAUGACGGAUCUCACACAAGUCUUUUCCAACGAGAAGUACGUUAUGGUAAUCGACCAGGACGGCGCCAUCUCCAAACACACCCAGGUUUCAGCCCUCGUUGCGGCUCAACCGGAUGCCCUCGACGUUCUCGGGUUCUUCCUCAAAUUUGACCAACGGGCCCUCCUCGACAACGUCUUGCAAGCUUCACACGCAUUACACAGCUUUGGGUUCUUCAAAGACCUCGAUUUCGAGGACUGGCUUGACGGGAAGCGGUCCAAGUUAUGGAUCACGGCGCCUGCGGGAGCAGGGAAGACUGUGUUUGCCGGCGCGAUGGUACGUGAAUCGAUCCUGCGACGACACGACUACGCCGUGGUAGUCUUUGAAGACACGCGAACCUGUAGCCCGGUCAAUGUUCUGAGCACCAUCGCCGCCCAGGUCGGGCGGCAGAACGAGGCAGCUUUCAACCUAUUGAGAACCUACUACCAGGAACUACAUCAGGACAAGAGAAACAUUCAAAGGUGCACAAGUGAGCACCUGAAAUCCAUUUUGGGGGAGAUGUCCAAGUGCUUUGGGCAUGUCAUGAUCAUAGUUGAUGGCGUGGAUGAAUGUGGUAGCGAUAGCGCCGACGUUGUAGAGUCACUGGCUGCACUUGCCAGCCAAGACGGGGGUGCCCUGGGUCUGGCGAUCGUCUCGAGAGAAACCGAGAGCAUUCGAAAUGUGUUACAGGAGGGUUUCCAAAAAGUCGACAUCAUCCAUUCUGAAGACGAAUUGCAACUGUUCACCGCGACGGAGUUGGAAAAACGGGUUGCCCGGGGCAAUAUCAAGUUCGACUAUCCAGAAAUGAAGGACGAGGCCAUCCAGAAACUGUGCUUCGGCCCCGAUACCACGUGA